AUGGCCCAACCAGCUUACAAUCACUUGCCUAAACAACUCAAGAAUCACUACAUUAUUCAAAGACAUGGCUUUUCUUUGGCUAACAACGACAAAUUGAUUUGCUCAAACCCUGAGAUUGCUAUUCCUGCUACUGGUGGACCUUUGAACACAGGUUAUGGUCUACAUGAAAAGGGAAAAGCUCAAGUCAAAGAGUCAGCUACUCUAUUAUCUAAGCAUCUCUUUCCUACUCAACAAGCACCCGCAGAUGAUGAUGCGCCUGUUGUCAUGUUCUGCUCACCAUUCAAGAGAACUGUUGAAACUGCUGAAAUCAUCCAAGGCGUCCUCAAUGACACUGUUCUUCAUGGCAAGGUAGCAGCACCCAUCCGUGAAAUGGAAUUGAGAGAACGUUGGUAUGGUAAAUUUGACAUGACAUCUGACGAUAACUACGAGCUCUGCUGGAUUGAUGAUGCUGCUGAUCCUGACCAUGGUGAACACAGCCAAUACGGCAUUGAAUCUCCCAGCAGUGUUUGUGAUAGAGCUACUCGCUUCAUUGUAGACAAGAUUGAAAACCACAUGGAGGGCAAGAUUGUCAUUUUGGUAGCACAUGGUGAUAUCUGUCAAAUCAUAUUGACAGCCUUUGCACACACUGAUGCCUGGAAACAUAGAUCACUCAAGCAUGUGGAUACUGCCAACUGGAGAGACACUUUAGACUUUGAAUAA